GUCAGAUAUAAAUUGAAAUAAAAAUCCGACAAUCUAAACAUAUAAGGUAUGGCAGAUAGCAAUGGUCGAAACGAAGAGAACUUCCGGCUGUUACCAAGAAUACUGAAUGGAGGCUUAGCAGGCAUAGUAGGUGUUAUGUGUACAUUUCCUCUAGAUCUGGUGAAGACGAGGCUUCAAAACCAACAAGAACAUGCAGGUAUAAAGGAGUACAAAAGUAUUGCCGAUGCUUUUAAGAAAACAUUACGUGCAGAAGGUUUUCUAGGAAUGUACAAAGGUUCUUUAAUAAAUCUCAUAUUAAUAACUCCAGAGAAGGCCGUUCUUCUAGCCGGUAACGAUUUCUUCAGGUAUCACCUUCAAACUAAAGACGGAAAGCUACCGCUCUUCAACGAAGUAAUGGCUGCAGCAGCUGCGGGGUUUCUCGCCAUCGGCAUAACGACACCUAUGGAGCUGCUCAAGAUUCAAAUGCAAGACGCUGGAAGGAUCAAUGCACAAAGAAUAAAGAGUUAGGUGGUCAACCGUCGUUGCAUUUAAGCCUGCCGAAAGUGAUCAUAGAUCUGGUAGCAAAAGAAGGACCACUAGCGAUCUUCAAAGGAGCAUCUGCGACUAUGCUCCGGGAUAUAAAAUUUGCUAUGAUCUAUUUUCCUAUGUUUGCCAAACUUAACGCAAUGGGCCCCAAAAAGGAACAUUCUGGUGAAUCUCAAUUCUGGGUGAAUUUUCUGGCUGGCGGGGCAGCAGGAUGCACUGCUGCUGUCCUAUGUACCCCUGCUGACGUAAUCAAAACUCGAUUGCAAACUGCUACAAAGGGCAAAGGUGAAGUUACCUAUACGGGUAUCAUGGAUGCAUUUAGACAGACACUGAAGAACGAAGGGCCAAAAGCUUUCUUCAAGGGAGGAGCAUGUCGCGCUAUGGUAAUUACUCCGCUACUAGCAAUAGUGCAAAUGGUGUACUAUAUAGGCGUAGCAGAGUAUGUUAUGCGAAUACCGAAGACAACGGAUUAAGAUAUAAAGAUUUGCUAUUCCUGACAUGUACCAUUUUUUCCAAGAAAUGUUUAUACCAC